AAACGACAACAAAUAAAAAAAAUAAUAAUGAGUAGUGACGAUUACAUUAGAAGUAGAAUUGAGGGUUACGGCAAAGAAGGCCCAAUUCGCUGCAUAUUCUUUUGCGAAUUUCAUCCUACCGCCGGUCCCAUAAUUUCAUGUCAGGUACCCGAAAAUUUCAUAUCUAAAGAAUUGUUUGAUAGUAUCAGUGUUUAUAUAAUCACUAAAGCUGAAUUGCAAAGGAGUACAAUUACUGUUACAUUAAAAGACUAUAAAAUAUUAGGAUUUCCAGUCCGAAUAGAUGACAAAAAAUAUUCAAGAAAUGCAUUCCAUUUCAACCUUUGUUUUGUCUGUGACAGUGAUGCAAGAACAGUUCACUAUGAGCCUGUUGUUAUGAAACUGUCUGAUUACCUAAUGGCAAUGGAAGUUGAGAGUUCUUUCUUAUCAGAAGGAAAAUCCACGCAUAAGCUGGCACCCAUUUUAAAAGAAGUACUUGAGAAUUUAAAUACAAAAGGAGAAUGUGCUUUGACAGAAGGUCCAACUGCAACCCAUUUGAAGGUGUGUCACAUCAGAAGUGAUCCAUCACCAGUUUCAGAUCAUCAAGUGCCAGUUUUUAUAAAAGAAUUACCACCUCAACAGUGGGACUUAACAACACAGCAAGUCACACCAUAUAUAGACGGUUUUAAUCACGUUGCAAAAAUUGCCGCACUUUCAGACGUCGAGAACAAUCUUGUCAAGGCUUGUGUACAAAAUUUGGUCUAUUACGGCGUUGUAGCACUUGUACCGCUGUUUCAGUAUGGUAACAUUUACUGUACAACGCCGAAAUUAAAAAUGUUGGCACAGGACUCGGAGUUGCAAGCAAGAUGCCUGGAAUACGUGGCCAAAUCGCAGCGACAACCGCCUACUUUACGGGACGUUUUCAGAUUUUAUGCGUCGAUGACGAGAGGAACGACAAUACGAGAUCUGUGCAUCAGAUUUUCGCCUGCCAACUUGCGCAUAAACGAACGCAAACUGGUGCAGUUUGGCGUGCUUGAAGGUUUGAUCAGGAGGGUCCAAAAGUAUCCAGUUUUGUUAUCUACAAAGUCUGAAAAUCAGGAGUUGCAGAAGUCGAUGAAUGGGAGCGCGAGUCUGGAUGAAAUUUGUUGUACGACAGGCGUCAGUUCGCAGCUACUCGAGGAUCAACUUGAAAAGGAUCAUGACGUUGUUUUAUUAUGUAAAUAGAUAAUUAAUUUUUGUAAUAUGUGAUAUAUUUUAAGUAAAAGUUUUUAUUACGUUUAAA